UUUGACUACUUCCAGUAAACAGACUUACCUUGACGAAAAUCUUGAUGUUCCAUCUGCAGAAAGGCUAAUUUUCAUAUCUAAAAACUUGAGAGACCUUCUCAAAGACUUGAAUUACACGCGCUGGCAAGAAACACUGCUGGGUUGAAUAUAUUUGUUAAAUAUAUAAAAAAAAUGCCACAAUCUUAACCUAGCGGACGUUACGUAUCGGGAAAAGUCGUGUCUAUGAGCUAUUACUUAAAGAAAGUGCAGCUGUUACUUAAAGAAAGUGCAAGUAUUUGUAUGUAUUGUCUGGUAAAGCACAACAUGAUCAUAAAUUUGCAUAGUCGAGAAUGGCGAGGAGCUUCGGACAAAUCUAGUUCCAGUCUUGUCGUAAGGAUCGCAAGGAGGGUGACGUUUCUAUCGAUAGUCGAAGAUUGAAUCCCGAGAUGCUGAUUUUGAAGAACAAUACAAAGCAUAUUUAUAUUGAGUGACGACAGUAACUCGCUCCCCAAUCGAAACAAAGCAUUGUAAUAAUCAGUAUAGAAAGCCUAGAAAGGAACUGCGGAAAAAACGUUUCUAAGAUUUGGAACGAAAUCUCGUAGAGUCAACCAACAGACGAAGAUCGACCCGAACAAAUCUGUCCUUACUGGAUCUUUGUGUAAGAGUGAAAGCGAGAAUCACGUCAAUGAUGGUGAACGCGUGUAGGAAAAAACACAGAUUGGCCCGGGUCCUCCAAUUCCGAAGAACUUUUCUUUCUAAAGUCCACCUUUUCAGUUACCAAGGAAACAAUGAGUGGGGAAAAAACUGUUAUUACCUACCAUAGCCAUUUGCCCUUAGCACUAAAUACGCAGUGAUUCAUAAAAGGAACAAAGCGUGUUAUUGUAAAAUUCGACUGCCUAAUAAAGUAGAAAGACAUUGACGAACACAAGCAGUAUAAUUCAGCUGGUGAGAAUAUUUACUUAACAGAGAUGAUGAAGCUAAACAUUUUGAAAGCGGUAGGAAAUGGUCGUUGAAGAUGACUCUUUGGAGAUUUACUUGGCACGAUACGAUGACCCCAUUCGCUAUGGUACAUGCACAGAGAUAUUACGCAAGCCUAUUGAAUAGCUCGUUCUUGCAUUUGCACGGGUACGUGGUAAUGGGACGUAUCUUUUAAAAAGUUCGCUUUGCGAUUGUAUUUAAGAUGGCCGACGGUACGAUCAUGCGAUUAGUCGUCAGUAAUCUCCGACGGCGAAACCCCUGACAGCAAACUCCUUUACACAUGAGAGACUUUCUUAGCUCGUUUCCAAAAGAUUUCGUUGGCUUAAUUUGCAGGGUGAAAAAAAACAAAGAAAUAACCAUUUGUAAUAACGUUUGGUGUAAUAAACCGCUCUCAACAUGCGGUCACAGUAUCAGCUUUGACGUUUUCCAGUGUGUUUGUUUUUAUUGUCACGAUCUGGCUUACUUACCAACGCAAAUGUGGCAGCUAGUUGGCCUACAUGUUCGGGCGGCAUCUCUGCCUAUACAUGAUAGUAAAUUGGGUCACUGAAUCAUGUCAACCAAAGACUGCAGUUAACACCUAGGUUGAUCUUCCUCCAUUUUUCCAUGUUGCCUUCUAUUUGAAAUGUUGAUUAAGGCUCUACGAAGUCCUUAUAUCGGGAAAACUUACGUCUAAUCAUUUGAGCAGCUUGCCUCUGGUCCUGCUACGCGCGCGCCAGUAAACAACAACGUUAAAAUAAGCUAAUUUGGCCUAUUUUGAAACGACCGCAGUGUUACAAACGUAAGGCUUAGUAAUAAUCAAUUUUGAACAGCUAUACUGAUAGGUUUUUCCUAUUAAGUGCAAAUAUGAUCAUAAAUUAAGAAUUAGAGUACGAUGUUAUACUAAGGAUGUGUUUGCGAGAAAAAAACAGGAAGUGCGAACGAGCUUACUCGGUGCUGUCGCGAAGGCAGCUAGCUGGUCUCUCAAAACACGCAGCGGCCCUCGUACUUAUACUAAAACAAUGCACGAAUUUAUCUUUUCCUAUUCGUAAACACGUGUGGCCAUCAGUUACAAUUUCGUAUUUCUAGACACGCACUACGUCGUGAUAACUGGACGACUCCCACACAGUACACCCACUGGAACCUGUCUAUAUCUACAGGCGUCUAUAGCAAAAGUAAAGCACUCCAUCGCCGAAUAAAUUGACCAUAACUCACCGUUCCAUUGUCAUAACUCGGUCAGCAAACCCCUAUCUGCAUGAACUUUCUACCGUUCUCUCUCUCCCCUUACACGGAACUCUACCUCAAUGCAUCUAGCAUAAGUGGUUGAAUUAGGCGGUAUAAAUUGCGGGUCGGCAAAACGAAACUAUUACACUUGAAGAAAACAUAAUGCGCUCUUGCAUUUACCCAGACACGUACACAAAAGCAAUUAAACCUAGUUCAGCAUGUUUGUUAGUUUGCCUUGUUACUACAAGACGGAAGAUCGCUCAUAUGCCGCUAUCAACACCGCACGAAAACCAACCAUCAUGCCAAUGAGCGGCCUGCAGCAAUAGAAAACGACAGAUAGCCGAUCGCUGCCCAACAAAGCCAAACGCGACCGACGCACUCCGGAUGAGGAGAGCAUUGUCAUAGCAUUGACUCAUUUGUCUAGGACGUAGACACAGCCACAGUAUUGCACAACACAUCUAGCUAGAUAAGAUAGGCGUUGCGAUGAUUCUAUCUAGAAUUCCUCCGUUUUUGCCUUAUUUCGUUCGACGAACAUGGAUUUGUGUACUGUACGCAUUUUGUCUCUGACCGACGGCGGGUCUGCCUUCAUACGAACUAUUUUGUACUCCUGCGAUAGUGUGCGGCGGCUAGAUAACGGCUUAUGCUCAUAUUGCUUUGCUCUGCGCCCGCCACGUAAUUCAAAACGGCCGCCAUAUUGUUCGGCAGGAGCAGCUUCAGCAGCGCUAGUCGCCAGCACAGUUGAGCGCCACAGCAUGCUGCUGUUGAUGCUGCUGCUGUGGCCUUUCUGUAAGAUGAUAGCAUUGGGAACCCAGUCAGCUAAUAGCAGCAGCACAGCAGGCAGGCGCCAGUGAACGUGCCAUAAGGGUCUGUGUGCCAGCGGAAGAAUAACUUCGCCGUCAGUUGAAGCAAGGAUGGUGCUGUGGCGCCCGCUGCCGCCUCUAUUGAUAUCGCCGUCGGUGACCGCGCUGUCGCGUCUCUCGGUUCGCCUCCAGCCGAUGGCGGUUGAGCUUACGGCGCAGCCGUAACUCCCGUCGUCGUUGCUGUUGCUGCUGCUGCUGCUGCUGCUGCUGCUGCUACUGAACACCACAGCCGCAAGCAUCACGGAUAAUAAGUCGUGUGAUCGGAGGAACAACGCAACGGAACGCUGCAAACUAAACACAUACGGAACAACAAUGGCCAGGCGAACAGUCGGAUGAAUGCCUACCAAACAGGCGGGUGACAAUAGAUGACUUGUGCAGGGCUACUACGAAAUGCUGUUUAACUAAACUGAACGGAUGGCAGUAAUGCAAUAUAGCUUCACUGGUUAUCACGACUACUUCUGUAACUGUUAAAACAAAUCUGGCCGUUUGGCUAUUGCGGUGCGUGUCUCCACUGUUCAACUCAGCUUAUUUUUCUCAUUUGUAUUAGGUCAUACUGGCUGAUAUCCAUCCAUUUCGUGGACUACGGCGUCGCCCACGACAACGCAGCGAUUUUCACAUGCAUGGUUCGGCGCUCGUUAGCGAACUUCAGCGACACCGACGAUACCAACAGCAGGGUAAGGAGGGCGGCAACGCUGCGGUGUCCGUGCUGUCGUGACCAUUGCUGGUGGUAAGCAGAGUUCUACUUUACGUAGCUCAACGCGACGGAACUGCUAGACUGCCCGCAGUACCGUGAAGUGGAGUACAGUCGCUGCAAGUGCCAACAGCCAAUGUUACCAUUUUUUGUUCGCCGAGGAUGAAGCCGCCGAUGCUCGAUUAUCAGCUUCUACGACGGGUGUCGGUGCCGGGUGCCGUUGACUCUUCGCUCGCUCGUUCCGUUCUUGCAAGCUCGUGGCCUCCGUGUGCACGCGGUCAUUUGCCCGUUAUGGACGCUGCUGCUGCUGCUGCUGCUGCUGCAGUUGUUGUGUUAGUUUCGAUAGCGACAUCUUCUAUUAAGUACCACCGUAAUUACGACUGUGAGAGCCAGCGGCUACGGUGUCCGUUGUCGUGCUAAAGGCCCCUAUCGGGAUGCCCUUUAACAUGUUAGGGAGAAGACGAUUAAAUGAAGGGGACGAAAGGAUUGCGCUGCUGAUUUAGAUCGCUUUCAAUAGUAGCAGGAGAAGGAACCGAGAACGAGGGCAUCGUGCAUCUUAAAAAGUUGUUUAGGAAUAAUAGCCAGCCGACAACCGUAACAGCUAGACUCGUGAUAACCACUGAGCACAAUCCACUGACCAGCAUCAAGAUGGUGGACAAAAACGUUUUCAAGAUGGACGUAAACCUCAUGCAAAGGUUUCGCAGCCUGAAAACGCCGAGUGAAAGCAUCGAGCGGCUAUUACCAAAGACAUUUGCAUCCGGCGCGAACUUCAAUGUCAACCCCCCUGUCCUGCCAAAACAAUCGGCAAUCGAACUGGGUCCAAUCGAUUCGAUUUCGGCGAGGCAUCUGCAUUCAGCGAAGCCGACGACCCCGGUUAAUAGGCCUAACGAUACGUCGGCAAAGCUGACGUCAUCGUCAUUAUCGACAAAGCAAAUAUCGAACGCGCCAAAAUCGGCAGCGUCCGUCUCGAAGCACCCCGUAACGAAAGCGUCAUUACAGGCGUUGGUCGCGGCAGCAGCGAAGGCUGAACCUUCUUCCAAAUCAUCGUCAUUGCCGCCAGCACAAUCAACAUCGGGAGGUUCACCGAUAAAAGCAGAAGGUUUGUCUCAAACACCAAAAUCGCAGACAACCUCAAUGACUGAUAAACCUACGUCACCGAACACGUCUGUAAAAACUGCAGGCGAGCCUAAAGAUGUUAUGGUUCAGAAAGAGGACUUGUACUGCCUUAAAUUUAAUGGUCUCUCAGUAGAUAUUGCGUCCGAUGAGUCCAUGAAUGACCUGACGUGUCCUAUGCUCUCAGAAACAAAUAUUGAGAACGCCAUAAAGGCGAUCGCGUCAGCAGCACGCUUGCAAGCAAUGGAAUUUUCUGAGGAAAAUGUACCUGCUAAGAAUGGUAACAACAAAAGGGCUUGCGUAAAUAGACAAUUUGGUGGAAAACAACAAACACCACGAAAAAUUUCGGGUGAUCUGAUUCAGGUAGAUUCCACGACUUCUUUAGCAAACAGUCGUACUGAGGACACGUUGGCAUCACCUGGCACAGUAAAGAGGCCUUUACCGCAAAUAGAACAUAAAUCAUUAACAUCAUCCUAUUCAAAUCCACCUGAUGACGGAAAUGGUAUUAGUUCGCAAGAGAGCCAAACGCCAGCAAACCCCUUGUCGUUAAACGGAUAUCUUGAUCCAUCAAACCGUCCAGCUUGCUUUGGAAUUAAAAAAGCCAGAAUAAAGAUUACUAAACGCCGAAAUCCAAAUCGUGAACGAGAAUUUAACCAACCGUUCGUGACUCAAGGAGCCAAUACAGAAUGUCAGAUAGAGCAUCCAGAGAAGUGCGCUGCGGAUCAAUCUGAGGUAGAAAAGUUGGACACAACCCUCAAAUCUAGACCGAUUCCAACGUCGCCCGAUCUGAGCGUCAAAGAAGAACCUGUAGAUUUCGUUGAUUUACUGUCGCUUCCCGAUGAACCGGAAGAAGCUUCGAAAGAGAAUGAAGCUCAAACGGCGCCCCAUUCACCUCCAACCAAAUUAGAUCCGGCUAGUGGGCAAUCAUCUUCCAAUGAUCUUUGUCGAAUGGGGGCACAGGAAGGCACCCCUGCUUUUUGUGAGUCAUUGAAUGCUAGGCUAAGCAUCUUUGAACCCAAUAAUAACCUACAAAAGCAGUCAGUAAGACAAAUUGCAUGCGCCCCAAUAAACCACCAGUUUCGACGAAGGCUUCAGCAGAUGCUGGACAUUAGCUCCUGGAAAAAAAGCUUACUUUCUCAUACAUUUUUUAAAGAGGAGCCAGCACGUCGAGUCGGAGUCGCUGAAAGUAGGACAGAAAAGAUUUCACAGCUAGCAGGUACUACGUUGACACCUUUAAGCGAAAGUUCUUUGACGAACCCAGAACGCAACCUAAAAGGUACAUCAAACCUUGAAGUAUCACCCUUUAGGCUAGAUCCUAUACUAAAUUCCGUCGUAUCAACUGUUAAAGAAACAGCAUCACAUUCAAGUGAAGUAAUUAUUCUGGAGGACGACACGCCGACUCCGCCAUCAAAGCUAAAUCGGACGCGUACAGCAUUUGUGAAGCGGUCUUUGCUCGCAACAUCUCCCAGUGCUACAAUCCAACCAGAAACUAACAACAAUAGAUUAUCAGCAUCUGUAACACCUCUGAAUACUCAGCCACGUAGCGCUGUUAUCCCGGUUCAGCGUGUGGCGCCCGUUUGUGUGGAUACAUCUGUGCAGCAUAUUGAUAAUAUUCCAGUGCAUACCCAGGCUGUUGAAAGUGGUCAUGCAAUUGGACUAGCCUCAGACCAGGAACAACAUAUCCAGAACCUCUUGCCAAGGGGGCCGCCUUUUGUUGCGACACCUACUGUGAUAAAAGCAACGUGCAUACCAACCAUACAGACUACCAAUCAUUGUCAGUUCAAGAGAACGCCGGCGAUCGAAAACAUGGCCACUUUUGACCCGAAUCCACCUGUUCUAGCUGUAUCACCGCCGCGAACUGUUCAUGGGCCGACAGCUGAGAUCCAAGAAGGGUCACCGGUCGCGAAAUUUGUCACAACCCAUCUAGGUCUUACAUCGGCACUAUUACCGUCACCCCCAAAGCUUGUGCAGAAGGCUAUCCAUCAUUCACCAUUGCCCAAUACUGUACAGAACAUGGCAAACCCAUCGAACUCGGUCAACAACAACAACGGUGUCAUCGGGAUGUCGCAGAAGCGAGCCCUGCAUCGUCUGAUACCAUCACAGCCGAACAGUUAUCUCGGAACGGCGUUUCAGCAGGCUGCUCAUCAGUCUGGACAAAAAUCCCAGACACAACAUCGCACACCUAAUAAUUGUUCUGUUCAAGUCCACGUGCAAGCUCCGGUCGCACCUGCAUUACAACAUCAGAUUGGCCACCCACGUCACACGCUGCGACUGCAGCCUUCACAGCAACAGCAGCAGCGAAUCCGAGAGGAACAGCAAUUGGUAUUACCACCUUCCUUGCCCCCUCAAGAAAAAUUGUACCAGUGCGGGUAUUGUGGUCUGACGGGGUCGGAUAUGGCGGUCGUAGCCAUGCAUAUCGCCACCUGUGGAUCAUAAGGGACGUCCGUUAUGUCAUCAUAUUAAAGAACAAAUUGGUUCUUCGGAUCUCUUAAGAUAACCGUUUCCUAUUUUCUGACGUUUGCAGGUAUUUCCAGUUCUAGAAUGAUUACCCUCUUCCUCCUUCUCCCCCAAACAAAAAUCUGUAUACUAACGACUUGUAACGGUGUUUGCUCUUCAAGAGAUAAUAAACCCUGUUCAAUUCAUUGCAGUCUUCCGGGAGCGCACUUUAACACAAGAGAAGAACGAAGCGAUAAAGAAUACGUGAACUAAGCCCGGUGUGUGACACCUAUUGGCGCCCCGCUCCGCGCCAGUUAAACAACUAUCGCCAAUAUGUCUGAAAGACGUUUUGUAUAUAAUUAACAUUGUGUAAUAUACAGGUGAAGAACAAAUCGUAGAAAACGGCGCGAAAUGACUAAGUCUACGCGUGUUAAUUAAGUAUGUAGACACAGAUAGGCCGCUGCACAAUGAACAGUGAAUAUAGACGUACGUAUACGUUAAUUUCUAUAUAGAUGUCUAUAUACUUGCAGGUUACAUUGUGCAGCUCUCGUUAAGGUGCAACAGCGGCUCACGAAAAUUGUACUAAUGAUUCGAAUGAAAACGCUGAGGAAUUGUGGGGUGGUGCUGAGGCCGACAUUGGGAAGAUGACACUAUACACUUAAGCUGACUGGUGCAUAUAGAAAUUCAUCUAAUAGUAAGAAAAAAACUUUGUAUCCACACUAAAACAUUUCUACUAACAGGUAUAAUGGUUUUUGAUCGAUGACCUUAAAACAUACCUUCGAUACAAAGGUCUAUUUGGCUUACGGUAUUUUACAUGGAUAUCGAUCGCCGUCGCGAAACAAUAUAUACAAAGUUACUAACAUAUAUAUAUACACAUAUAUUCCACAUAUAAUGGAGGUCCAAUGUAAAAAAUAAAUCAUUGCAUAUGACACUGCGAGCCGGAGACAGUUUUCCUAUAAUAGCGUUUGCUAAGAUUCACCUAAUAAUGAUGACUUGCCUGGUCAAGGCGAUUCAACGUUAUUUUAGCGGGCGCAACAAAAGGAUGAGGCGUCAAUAAUUCGGCCGCAUCGCCACGUCAAGGGGGCACCAAUUGCACAGACGUGAUUACCUUGUCAUCUGCCAAAUAGGGAAAUACCGAAACAGUUUAUCGGGUUCGCGGUGUGUUUGUCACUACAGAUAGACAGAUCUAACGUGUAGCGUAUAGGAUAAUGGAUUAAUAGUUCUGUACUUUUGUAAUAUUUGGAUUUUGCCAAAAGGAAUAAAAACAAUUUUGUGUAUCAUAAUUUCGGUGAAGUAUAUACCUACAAUACGUAUGAAUUAUCCUUUGUGGCCGGUUUUUCUAUAUCCACAUCAGUCUGUAUCACUCCCCGUAUUUGUAGCAAACAUGAUGGGAUCCCAUGUUGCGUAUAUGAGAAUUGAUCACGUAGAUUUUUAGUUUUUUUUUUUCAUACCUGGUACGGGGCUUUCAAUGCAUGAUAUGCAUAUUCCUCGAACCUAGCUUUUCAUCUAAGGUGUAGAUAAUGUGUAAAAAACAAAGGGUGCCGCUAAGGCAGUGUUCGGUUACUUAAGCUUUAAAACGAAGGAAAACACUUGAACAAUUUAAUGAAAUAGCCAUUGUGAAUUCUUGCUGUUAGUUGUGAAAGCUAAAUGGGUCCGUUGUGGAUGGCUGUAAAUAAGCAGACGUUAACUUUUGUUAACGUUUGAAGUUUUGUACAAGUUCAUGCCUUACAUUAGUAAAAUACGAGAGGAAGGAAAUAAAGAUUAACUCGUAAAAAAUACGUGCAGCCUUAUUUCAUUGCUGUAUACGCGUUACAUAACUGCUAUAUUUUAACUUUCCUUGGUAACCUAUUGAAG